AAGGAUCAAAACACCAUGUCGGAACCUGAUGAACUUUAUACGUUACGGGCCCAGUUUUGGCUUGGUCACUACCAAAUGGCUUUGGAUGAGGCGAGAAGCAUCAUGAGACGACCAAUGAGCCCGGAUUUGAAGGCCGAACGAGAAGAACUCGUAGCGAGAUGCCACAUUGCUAUGAAGGACUACGACACAGUCAUUUCGGGGGACAUUAGUUGUACGUGUGCAUGUUGCAAUGGAUUUUCGAGUGAACAAUUUAAAUGAUGACAGGCGUCAGUCUCACCCAUGGCGUCUCUUUGUUGCGGUUAUGACUUACUUUGAAUCUGCGUUUGUGACUUCUGCAUCGUGACUGUUGCAGCUGCGGACCUUAAAGCCCUGGCGCUACAAGCGCAAUACACCACACUCGCUGCAAGCGGAGAUAGUGCCCAAAUGCAAUCAGUGAUUCAGCAAUUGCAAAGCAUGCUAGGCGACGGUGUAUCCCCCCGCGUCCAAUUGACAGCUGCUCACGUCUUUUUGCAGGCGGGUAUGAAGAAAGAGGCGCUCCAAUGUGUCCACCAAGGAUUGACCUUGGAACAGUCCAGCCUUUGCGUUCAAAUUUACAUUCUUUUAGACCGUUUGGAUCUCGCCGGAAACGCUCUAAAUGAGUUGCGUCGAAUCGAUGAAGAUUCCAUGUUGACCCAACUCGCUUCGGUUCAUAUUGCACUCGCUACCGGUUCCAGCAUGGCCGGAGAUGCCGUUCACACGUUGAAUCAAAUUUCGGAACAAUACGGACCCUCGCCCAUGCUGCUGAAUUUGAUGGCAUGUGCCCAGAUGCAAGGAGGCAACUACGCUGAGGCAGAGAGAAAGCUCGCGCAAGCCCGUGAAGAAUUUGGGGCCGACGAUGCCGACACACUCGUCAACUUGAUCGUGGCUUCUCAAUAUCAACACAAACCCGUCGACGACUACAUCGAGACGUUGAAGCGGCAACACCCUACUCACUUCUUGUCGAUGGGUAUAGACACCGUAAGUGGUGCAUUUGCGCGAGAAGCGAUCAAAUACCGAGCUUAAAAGCCGUGCUUAUGGGAUCGUUUGACUUGAUACCGAACGAGCGAUGAUCUUCUUGUCAAUUGCCCCCCACGAACUACCUAGAAAUGUAUUUUCAUAGAACUUAACUUUCUUAGGGUGACAUCGUACUGGAAAAUCAACUUUCAGAUAGAGUAUAUUCUUUUAAUGUUUCCGUCGGAAGGCUCUCUCUGUAUGCCAAUGAAACUGAUCUCUCGUCCGAACAAGGAAGAGUCUGCACACAUAUCGAGGUGAUCUACAGUUCAAAACUAAAUUACUUUUUGUUAUCAUGAUUGAAGGAUUCUUUUCGAACGUCAAGGAAGCGCCGCUAUUGUUGUGUUUUUGCGUUUGCGUUUUGCGGGUUCAUGUUCGCGUCCAUGUGCAAUUACUUCUAGCGGACAGCGACUCCAAAUUCGUUGCACGCAGCAUUCUCUGUAAGCACCGCGUGACAACAACUCGUUUUUUUAGCAGUGAACAUCACACGAGGUACUUUCAAGACUUGCAUCAUCAGAUGCUGUUGUAGGUCGUCGCUUUUGUUAUUUCUAAAACCAUUGAUCGGCAUGAACAUAACCGCAUAGAAAUGGUAGUGAAAAAUUGAAAAUUUGCUGAUUUACGAAUUAGUCAAAACUAUUUGAUCAUUUUUCAUCAAAUUUUCGCUCUAUGCUUGACCUGAAUCCGGUGUUGGCUUCUUGUUCAUCCUUGCGACCAACAUGUCUUGCCCGCAAUUUGCUCAUGUGUGACAUGUGGGCGUAUUCGCGUGCAAUCCUUUCGGGACUGCUACCUGUCUCUUGUUCAUAAAGAACGGUACACAUAGCAUCGAACCGAAUUUCUUGCUUGAUAGAUAAAGCUGACAUUGUCCGACACUCUAAUCCUCUCACACAACUAUCUGUGCUACAUAGUUCUUCGCCGCGCUCUAACACUUGAAUUUUUUCCAUGCAUUCGUCACGAAUAUCGCAGUAUUCUUCGUCGGUAAACCAGCAGGCGUCGAUUUCUUGUAUUGUAUAAUUGUGUCGUGAAGUUGUGUUUCUGACAUAGCAUUUCUUGUUAAAACGAACCAACUUCUCUAUAGUUUCGGUGAGGUUCGAGGUCGAUGUAGUUGCUGAGGAAUUGUCAUCUAGAAAUGCAUCAGGGCAUGGUGAUUCAAUCUGUACACGAGAUUCUAUACCAGCUGAUGAAAAUCUUGGAAUUCCUCCUCUGUAAAAAUGUUGUGAUUUUCCUCGGCUUGAAAGAAGGCAUUGGUUUCCGUUGCUCUUGUUCUUGAUCAUAUCCUUCUUACUGUACCUAUCUUCGUCCUUGCGUUUCAUCUUCUUCUCCUUGCUAGACACAAUCACAUUCGCUAUUUGAGAGAAAGAGUGCAUGUUGGUUCUUAGCUUUGUUUUCUCGCUCGAAGGAACUUUGUGUGACGUAUCCAAUAGUUUCAAUUGAAAGCAAAGCUUUGGUACAGUCAUCGAGGAUUUCUGUACUCCUUAACGCAAAACGUGGUGUCUGGCAGCAAAUCGUGAUGGAUGAAUGAGCGUUGCUUCUCCUGAAUCUUUGUCUCCAAAAUGUGAGAUUCAUAAGGACCUUAAUUACAUUGUUCAGAUUAAAAAUGAGCACUAAUUGGGGUUCGCACUUGACUUCCAGAAAAUGUUUGAACCCUGGCACGAGAUACGAAGGUCUACUGUGUUGCUACUACUAAUUUAUGCGAUAGUACUAGGUUUUUUACGUGCGUUUUCGAAAAGAAAUAAUAAGAAUUCAUACUGCAUAAGAAAAAUAAUACGGUAUUGAGUAUGUAUUAGACGUAACUUCAACAAGAAUUGAAUUUUGACACGUCGUUUUAUAUGCCUUUGAAGAAAUUAGAAAUUCUGGCAGCAUUCCUACUUAAGGACAACAAUCGAAGCAAAACUUGCGACCAAUAAAUUCCUUCAGAAAAAUGCGACCCACACAAUUCCUAUUUUUUCAUUUGCUGAGGGAAUAGAACAGAAUACCGAAGCCUCCUCGCGUUUCCCAGGCACUUUUAUCCCAAUCCUGUUCCCAUCGCUCGGGAACUGCAACUCAUACCACAGAUUUUCUUUUCUUGUCGGGGCCAUCUUUUUCUUGCCAACGGAGCUGCUACCUCUCCUUUUGAUAGGUAUGACUCAGUCUUGAUCUCACCUUUCUAGUCCAACUUUUGGAAAGGUUAAGACUCAGUAUUGAUCUCACUUCUCCAGUAGUUGGUAAUUACUUCCUGUUUCUCGUAUCUCUGACUUUUUUCCCCUCUCCUACAAAUACGGGUAUAGUUACAACUCCUAAUUUAAGAAGUAAUGCAUACAGUAGUUCCGAUCUUGUAAGCUGCAGUACCACACAAAGGUUUUCUUCUACUGGAGUCAGUGCGAGAAGAACUUUUUGUUGCAAAAAUUGAUGUACCUUCGAAGAGCUGAAGAAGAAUUCUGACCCAAACAGCACCGAGCUUCUAAUGAAAACCACACUUCUUAAUAGAAAGUUCGACCCAUU